AUCUAUCUCUUCCCACCUCUACCAAUGAACAACCAUCCAAUCUGAGAAUAUGAGCGAAGAACUCGUUCAACACGAAUCUCAUUCUCAGGCAUCGAUAUUUAGCCGUUUUUUCAGAAUGUUCUCUUUUAUCUUCCCAUUGCUGAACGUUAUAAAGCUUAUUAUAGCUUCCGUGACCUCCUUAGUCUGCUUAGCGUUUUCUUGUGUGGCACUCGGUGGUUCAGCCGUGGCAUUAAUCGUAUCCACACCACUUUUCAUCAUGUUUAGUCCAAUUCUCGUACCCGCUACUAUUGCCACUACCCUCCUAGCCAGUGGGCUCAUGGCCGGUACCACCCUCGGACUGACCGGCAUAGGUCUCAUCAUGGGGCUCGUUAGGACUGCAGGAGGAGUUUCAUUGCUCCAAUCACCAUUAAGAAAAAUCAUAGUAAAUAGAAUUAAAGCAAGACUUGGGGGUGGCGGUGGCGGUUCACGUCUGGCGAGGCUCAAAAAAAUCCUGGGAUUAUUAAACAAGCUCCGUGGUAUGGGUGCAGGUGGAGCUGCUGCCCCUGCGGCUGAACCUGCCCCUGCGGCUGAAGCUGCACCUGCGGCUGAAGCUGCACCUGCGGCUGCACCUGCAGCUGCACCUGCGGCUGCACCCUAAUUACUUUAAGAAUUUAUGACUCGUAAACUAAAAGGAAAAUAACUUUUUUACUAUGUUUUAUGUAAUAAAUUGUUUCUGUAGUAAAAAAAUAAAAAUAUUAUGUGUAAUGUUUAAUUUGCUUAGAAUUAUAAAAGACUGAUACAUAAUUGACUGGAAAAAUAAUGUUAACCAUGUACUGUCCAUGCACUACAUAGAUUUAAAAUUAGUAUAAUAAAAUAUGUAAUAAUUUAUUACAUACUGGUGAAAGAUUGUCAAUGCGCUAUGUAUGUAAUAAUUAGUAUAACAGUUUGCUUU